AUGUCUUCAGAGUCAGAGAAGGAGCUCUCCUGUCCUGUCUGUCAUGACAUUUAUACAAAUCCUGUUAUUCUGACAUGCAGCCACAGCUUCUGUAAAGACUGUUUGCAGAGUUGGUGGAGAGAGAAACAAAUACAUGAGUGUCCAAUUUGUUUGGAAAGACCUUUAAUGAGUGAUCCACCUCGUAACCUGGCAUUAAAGAACCUGUGUGAGGCUUUCUUACAGGGGAGAGACCAGAGAUCUUCAGCAGUGUCUGAGCCUCUCUGUGAUCUGCACUCUGAGAAACUCAAACUCUUCUGUCUGGACCAUCAGCAGCCAGUGUGUCUCGUCUGCAGAGAUUCGAAAACACACAUCAACCACAAAUUCAGGCCUGUUGAUGAAAUUGCAAAAGGUCACAAAGAGGAGCUCCAGAAAUCCCUGAAGCCCUUACAGGAGAAACUGAAAGUCUUCAAAAAAGUUAAACAUAACUGUGACCAAACAUCAAAACACAUUAAGGUCCAGGCCAGAGACACAGAGAGUCAGAUUAAAGAGCAGUUUAAGAAGCUUCACCAGUUUCUACAAGAGGAAGAGGAGGCCAGGAUCUCUGCUCUGAGGGAGGAAGAGAAGCAGAAAAGCAAAGUCAUGAAGGAGAAAACUGAGGUUCUGAGCAGAGAGAUAGCAGCUCUUUCAGAUACAAUCAGAGUCACAGAGGAGGAGCUGAGAGCUGAAAGCGUCUCUUUCUUGCAGAACUACAAGGCUGCAGUGCAAAGAGUCCAGCAGCGCCCCCUGCUGGAUGAUCCAGAGCUGGUCUCAGGAGCUCUGAUAGAUGUGGCCAAACACCUGGGCAACCUGACAUUUAACAUCUGGAACAACAUGAAGAAGAUGGUCUCCUACACUCCUGUGAUUCUGGAUCCAAACACUGCUCAUCCACAACUCACCUUGUCUGAAGAUCUGACCAGUGUGAGACGUGGAGAGAGACAGACGCUUCCUGACAAUCCAGAGAGGUUUGAGUAUCCCUCUGUCCUGGGCUCUGAGGGCUUUAACUCAGGGACUCACAGCUGGACUGUUGAGGUUGGGGACAGUACAGACUGGUUUCUGGGUGUGGCAGCAGAGUCUGUCCAGAGAAAGGGAAGCAUAGGGAAGCAUGAAUAUUGGAGACUGGGAUUCUCUGAUGGCAAGUAUACAGCGCUGUCCCGACAGGGUCGAUCCACUGUUCUCUCAGUGAAGAAGAAGCUGCAGAGGAUCAGAGUUCAUCUUGACUAUGAUGGAGGAAAACUGUCAUUCUCUGAUCCUGAUACUGAAGAAGACAUACACACCUUCACACACACUUUCACUGAGAGAAUGUUUCCAUACAUUUACACAAACAAAGAAUUGCAACUGAAAAUCUUACCAGUGGAGGUCUCUGCAGUACAGCAGUUGUCACCGGCAGAUCUAACAACAACAGAGCUGUUGUUCCUAGGAUCUGUGUCCAUUGCCACAAUAACAGCUGGAAUAACAGCCGUUGGACUGCUUAUUUCUAAAAGAUGA